UCUCACGGUGGCGGGAUGCUGGCCACCAAUUUCUUGGUCCCCGAUGUGCAGACGAAUAGUUUACAACACAUAUACAGUUUUUAUAAGUUUAUUGCUGUUCACCUUUAUGCUGCCACAGCUGAUGGAUAUCGUCUUGAAUGUCGACAAUCCCAAUGAUUUCACGGAUACCUUCUACGUAAUGCUGGCUAUGGUUAUUGCUUGCUGCAAGAUGCUCAGUCUGCUACUAAAUCGUAAGCACAUCAAGAUAUUAACCGGUGCGUUGAUCGAGAAACCAUUUCGACCACUGGAACCAGAUGAAAUAAAAAUUCGACAGAAAUUUGACAACAUAAUACAAAUCAAUACUAUAUGGUACAUAAUUUUGGUUGAGACAACGUGCGCGAGCAUCACUCUGACGUCCUUGCUGACAGACUUCCGGAAAAGAAAUUUAACAUACAGAGAGUGGAUGCCAUACGGAUACUCUUCCGAUAUAGUGUAUUAUAUUAUAUACUUUCGGCAAUUAAUAAGCCUGACGACGGCAUCCGUCGUGAACGUUGCAUGCGACAGUGUGAUCUGUGGAUUAUUGCUGCACAUUUGCUGUCAAAUCGAGAUCUUGGAGUGUCGACUAAAGAAAUCCUUGCGCGAUCGAGUCGAUCUGGGUGAAUGUAUACGUCUGCAUGAUCGCAUCUAUAAAUUUGCUUAUAUGAUAAAUGAAAAAUUCAGAUUUAUAAUUGUCGUUCAGUUUGCAGUAAGCACACUGGUGGUGUGCUCCAAUCUGUAUCGAUUAGCGGAAACGACAUUAAGUGCAAAAUAUAUUCCACUUAUAUUAUAUACAUGCUGUAUGUUUACGCAAAUUCUUAUUUAUUGUUGGUACGGAAACGAAGUAAAACUAAAGAGCGUUCAAUUUGCUGAUGAAGUUUUCGGAAUGAACUGGGUGACAGAAAAUAAAAAAGUGAAGGAUAAUUUGAUAAUGAUUAUGAAUCGCUCUACGAUGCCUAUAGAAUUUUCUAGUGCACAUCUCAAUCUGAAUCUAGAUUCUUUCGUAAAGUUGCUUAAAAUAUCAUAUUCAGCAUACAGUAUACUACAGCAGAUGUAA